UGGGAAUCCGAGGGUUCGGCCGGAGGGCGGCCAUUUUGUGUCUCGCUGAGGAGAAGAGUGCGCGGGAGGACCCGGAGGUCGAGCUUCUCGUCGUUUUAAUAGUUGUUGUUUUUCCUUAGUUAGGCCGCCGCCGCCGUCGUCAUGGGACGGAAGAAGAAGAAGCAGUUGAAGCCUUGGUGCUGGUACUGUAAUAGGGAUUUUGAUGAUGAGAAAAUUCUUAUUCAGCACCAAAAAGCAAAACAUUUUAAAUGCCAUAUAUGUCAUAAGAAACUGUAUACUGGACCUGGCUUAGCUAUACACUGUAUGCAGGUACAUAAAGAAACAAUAGAUGCUGUUCCAAAUGCUAUACCUGGAAGAACUGACAUUGAACUGGAAAUCUAUGGUAUGGAAGGCAUUCCAGAAAAAGACAUGGAUGAAAGAAGAAGGCUACUUGAACAAAAAACUCAAGCGGAAAGCCAGAAAAAGAAACAACAAGAUGAUUCUGAUGAAUAUGAUGAUGAUGAAUCUUCGGCUUCAACCUCAUUUCAGGCACAGCCUGUGCAACCCCAGCAGGGAUAUAUACCACCAAUGGCACAGCCGGGUUUACCUCCUGUGCCAGGUGCACCAGGAAUCCCUCCAGGUAUACCACCAUUAAUGGCAGGUGUUCCACCAAUGAUGCCUGGAAUGCCCCCAGUGAUGCCUGGAAUGCCACCUGGGAUGAUGCCAAUGGGUGGCAUGAUGCCCCCAGGACCAGGAAUCCCCCCUCUCAUGCCUGGUAUGCCACCAGGUAGGUCAGGAAUGACGAAUCCAUACUGUGGUAUGCCACCACCUGUCGGUCCUCGUCCCGGUAUGCCUCCGAUGACACAAGCACAGCCUGUGAAUGCUCAAGGUGUACUUAACAGACCUCCCGCUCCUGUUGUUGCAGCACCAACCCCUCAGCCUCCCGUUACUAAACCACUUUUUCCCAGUGCAGGACAAAUGGGGACACCUGUCACAAGCUCAAGUACAACUGCAUCCAAUUCAGAACUGUCAGCACCUUCUAAAGCUCUGUUUCCUAGCACAGCACAAGCUCAGUCAGCUGUUCCAGGGCCGGUUGGUACAGAUUUCAAACCUUUGAAUAAUGCACCUGCAACUACCACCGAACCCCCAAAACCUACAUUCCCUGCUUACACACAAUCUACAGCUUCAACCACUAGUACAACAAACAGUACUGCAGCUAAGCCAGCUACUUCUAUAACAAGUAAGCCUGCUACCCUUACGACAACCAGUGCAACCAGUAAGUUGAUCCAUCCAGAUGAGGAUAUAUCACUGGAAGAAAGAAGAGCACAGUUGCCUAAAUAUCAGCGUAACCUCCCUCGACCUGGGCAGGCAUCCAUGGGCAAUCCACCAGUUGGACCAAUGGGAGGUAUGAUGCCACCGCAGCCGGGAAUGCCCCCCCAGCAACAAGGAAUGAGGCCUCCAAUGCCACCCCAUGGUCAGUAUGGUGCUCAUCACCAGGGCAUGCCAGGAUACCUUCCUGGUGCAAUGCCUCCAUAUGGUCAAGGGCCCCCAAUGGUGCCUCCUUAUCAAGGUGGACCUCCUCGACCGCCAAUGGGAAUGAGACCGCCUGUAAUGUCGCAAGGUGGCCGCUACUGAUGCUACUGCAAACGCUCUAAUAGGUUUGGAGAUUAAACCUUUUCUCAUCUUGUGCUGUUAAUAUAGCCAAGCUUCCAUCAAUUAAAACUUCGUUGUGACUUUUAGGGGAGGAAAAAAAAUCUUUCCACAUACAAGGAACUUUUUGGACAUUCUUAUUUUACAUGGCAAAAUUUGUUUAGAAUAAUAAAACAGGAACUUUCCCUGAUGUUGCAAUUUAUACUGUAUGGCUUCUUUUUCAUGUUUCAUCUAGGUUUUUAGAAGUGAAGUAUAGUAAAUAUGGUUCGUUAAAUUGUGAAGGCGCUGGAAAUACAUGAACGUACCAUCUUAAAGGCAAGUUCUGUAACCUUACGUUGCUGUUCAUAAAAUCAUGCCUUCACAGCACUUCAGGUGCUGUUGGACUUCAUGUCCCCAACAAUAGUUUGGUGAGGGCUUUUAUUGUUACCAUCUACUUGUACACUUAAGUCUGAACGUGUAACGAUAUUUAAUGUAUUUAGAGUUUCCUGUUGCAGGGUUUAUAAAAUUGACCUACUAAGUUCACGUGACUUCCUGUACUGUUAAACUUUAUUGUAAUAAAAUGAAAGAAAAAAAUUGUCUUUUUAUUCAUGACCAGCUGUGGACAACUGCCUGAAGGUUUGUACUGAUGCAUGCUAUGGUAGUUUGUGGUAUAAUAAAUACAGAUUUCCUGAUGCUACAUUGAUAUAUUCUGAAUUAUUUGAACUUCAAAGUCACUACUUUAGCUGUAUGCUGUAGCUGACUCCUGAACAAGUAAAUAGACCUGUACACUUAUUAAGCAGUUGCAACAAAGUCUUGGGCUUAAGAAGACAUGUUUUCCCCCCUGAAUGGUGCACUUUCUUAAGACUUCUUCAUAGCUCGCUGGUUAUGAUAUUGGUGUGCUCUUACGUUUGCUAUGUAUAAAUGUGCUUCUACUAAGAAAAUGCUAUUGUAGAGCACAUUUUUUGGCCUUGCUUCGGUUCUUCCUCAGUUUAGAGACCUCAAGCUACUUAACCUAACAUUUUUUUAAAAAAAAACAUUUUUUAUUAAAGAUUUCUCUUUAUAAAGCUUAGGUGCAAGCAUUGGCUUCUGUAAUAAAGGUGACCAGCCGAGAGGGAUUCACCAUAAAACAUAGGUUGCAAAAUAUCAGAUUAAUCUUAAUCAAUUGAUCAAUUAAUCUCUAUCUGGGCAUAGCAAAAAGCAGUCUGGUUAAAAACUACAGCUGAAGCUGCCCUGUGUGAUUCAAACAUUGUCCUCAUUUUGCCUCAUGACUGUGUGUCAAGAAAACAGCUGUGGCGAGGUUUCAGCUGUGUCUUUAACUGGACUCUGUCCCAUUUAUAAAACCUAGCAGGAAAGGGGGUAAAAUUAUCUCCUUGGAUGACUGAGCAGUUGUUGCUCUCAAGGGGCAUGAUGUGUUUGGGAGGUUUUGCCUCAGCAUUUUGAGCCUUGUUUCUUUAUAUGCAGUACAAACCAGAUCUCUUUUUUAUUGCUUUCUGUUGUUAGCAAGAUAAGUAUUUCCAUGGGAGCUGGGAAUAGCAAAACUCCUGUUCCUACUUCCAUCGGUUGAUUUAUAAAGACAAAUUCUGUUACUGUCAUUUUUGCACUCCACCCCUAGCUAAUAGUAGUAUUGCAUGUUAACAGCACCAAUUUGUAAAGUAAAAACUAUUUCCGAUUUGCGUACAGUCUACUUCAGUCCUUUGCUUGGUCUCAAAAAACUUUAUUGUUCAUGCUUGAAGUUCCUUUGCUGCUUUCUGUACAUCCUCUUUUUAUAUUUUCGUAACUUUCAAAAAUGUCCUGCCUUCCAUUAGAAACUUUGGCUUUGUGAUCUUCACUCAUUGUUUUAAGUUUUAAAUUUUCAUUUUGAGAAAUUUCUUUUGCUGGAGUACUGUGUAUUAAAUGUCUGAGCAGUGUUAUUGACACUUUGAAUAUGCUUUCUGUUGACUGGCUACCCAUUUCCCCAAAAGGUACUUCAGAAUAUGCAGCCAUGUUCACUAUUUUCUAAUUACUUCACCCCUUUAGCUGUUCAUUUAUUUCCUUUUGCACUAUUAUGAUGGCAAUUGUGCAAUUAUACAUACCUGUUCACCAUUAUCUGAAGAGGUUAUGCUUGUUUUUCUCAUUCAUGAAAACACAUAUCUGACGUUUUCUUUGACAUUACUGUCUCUAUAGAUCCCAGUACUAAAGAGGCAAACCAUUUUGGCAAUGGGCUUGCUUAAGCAUGUGUUGGUAACUUUUCCUCAGUCUAUGGCAAAAUUAAACACAAUGAUUCUUGUAACAUGCUUCAUUCCUAAUGAGCCCAUUAGAAAGCCUUUUGUAGCCCAUACUGGCCAUUUUACAUUUAAAAGAACUAGUGUACAGUUUGUACUAGUUGCAUCCAGAGGCUCCUGCUGGACAGAGGGGUAGGCAAAUUUCCUCUUCAGCCCCUGCACCACUUUCCACAUGGCUUCAGAGCUCACCAGAGCAGCUUUGCAAGAGGAAAGAGAAAUUGGUACAGAUCUCCUCCCCCUUCGUCCAGCAGGAAUAUGGGAACUCUGGAUCCAGUAGAUAGAAUUUGAUCAGAAAUUUACUAAUUUCUACUGUAGCCUUGUAUUGCCCCUUUAUAUUACCUGGAGUGGCACAGGUUCCCCAUCCCUGCUGUAGAGAUUCACCUGUGCUGUAUGCUUGGGUUAGAGAUAACUAAUUCCGACCCCCUCGCUGGAGGCAGGCAUUCUGAAGCCCGUAGGCCCCUCCAUCUUCUAGAUAGAGGUUUUGAAAUCUAUUUGCUCUCAGUGGAAGAGUGCCAAUCAGUUUCCGUCCUGCUUCCACUGAGAGAGGGUGCUCUUGCAUCUGUUGGAGGUGCAAGGGAACAGCUUAUUAUUAUUUUCAGCAUAUAUUCAAGGCCUUUAUGUUGAACUUUCUGAAAAUUCUGAAUACAAGCUUGUUUUUAGAAUAAAAAGUUCCGUAGGUGUUGCUAAUCCAUAGGCUGGGGUCAUUCAUACAUGUAAGCAAACCAUGGUCAGUUAUGAGAAUGAAUCUCAAGUCUCUUGUGAUUUCCUCCAUUCCUUCUCUUUUGUGCCCACAAGGAAGGAACAAAAAACUUAGUUCCUUGUGAUAUCUGAACAUGGGGAACUGUUACUUGUUUACAGUAUUUGUAAUAAGAAGUGAUGAUCCAACCAUGGUUUUGAGUUAAUUGAAAGUAGAAGCUUUUUAUCUCCUUGAGAGUCGCAAAAGCAGUAGGGUGCACAAAAGCCCAUGGCUCACUCUCCAAAUUGGAGACCAUGGUUUCCUGCUACAUCUAAACUUGGCCAUUAUGGAAAUGAAUUUUGAUACUUUAACAAAUUCGUACCUCUGACAUUAAAAAAAAGAUUAAUACAGUUGUCUUAAUAAUUGUACUGGUCUAACUACUAUGCAAGAGUGAUGUAAAGUUUCUGAACAGCAGAUUCGUUUUUUUACAUUUUUCACUUUUACUGCAUUAGUUCAGAAUAUUUUAUCACUUGUAGGGGAAACACCCACUUUCUACUGAGUGUCAUAUAGCACUGGUCAAGCUGGAAGGUGAGCACUCUAGUUGGGUUUUUUUCUUCUAUACAUUAAUUCUGGUUUACAGAUUCCAUAUCUGAUUUGUGUGGAGCUUAAAAGUUGAGACCAAAUCUGUGCUUGAUCAUUGGAAUUUUGUUAAUUUUGAUUGCAUGUAUUUUUAACUUAAUUGGGUUGUGUUUUUCUAAAAUUUAAAUUUUUCUUCUUCCUAUAGCCCUGCCAUAGGACAGGCUGAGGCAGAGUCUCAGUGUUGCCCUGUUCAGUCUGAGGCAAGUGGGAUUUAUUUUAUUCAUUCUAGGGGCUUUCACAGCUUUAUAGCUGUUGGAUAUUCAUGUCCCCAAACUUGCAGCAAGUUUGGUGAAGGCUCCUAUCUUUAAUUUAAUUUAGGAUUUUUAUAAUCUUUUGAUGGGCUCUAUAUUAAUAUUGAUACUCUGACUUUAGUGCUUAAAUUUAUUGUUAGCAGUCAGAAAUCUUAAAAUGAGUCAAAACAUUUCUUGUUCAAUUGUUAAUCCCUCCAUCACCUUACCCUCUGAAACUUGGUGUAGCGAUGCCAUCUUUUAACAGCAAGAUGACUGCCUUUGAAAUGGUGCUGUGAAUUUUAAAAGUCCAGGAGUUUUGUUGGAUGUGUUUAGUAUUGUUAAGAAAAUGCCUGUGUUGAAAUCAGUUUUUCUCCACUGAUACACACCUCUGCAGUUGGGGGUCAGUGACAUCAACUUAACAGAAAUUUACCUGAAACAAUUACCUUAUCAUUAAAUAUGUUAUCUGUCAUAAGUUAAUAUUAAUGUAGAGCCCACAGAGUGGAGAAAAAUGCAGUUGUGAGUUUCAUAAGAUGAACAAGUGAGAUAAAUGUUUAGUAGGAAACAUGAUUCUUUCAACAGCCUGACUUUAAAGGUAAACAACUUGCCAUAUUUAUGUGCACUGGAACAUAAAUGAGCAUAGACAUUUAGGUAUUCCUAGUGUAAGCAAUUUUCCAUAUAUUAUGCACAGAACAUAAAACAAACGUUUAGGGGUUUUGGUGCCAUUUGAAUCCUUCCUAGAAAAUGUAUUGCUAGACUCAUGUGAAAACACAUGCAUUACUUUAAAAGAAAGAUUUAACAUUCUGAGGAAAGCUGCUGAUAAAAGAUUUUCAGGAAUACUUGAGAAUUUACUUCUACCCGCAACUCUUGCAACAAAUCUAGUUUUCGUUUGAGAGAGUUUGAAGCUUUCACAAGGCACCUAGAUUUUCUGGGUGGUCCCUUCAGUUUGCACUUGCAGAGCCUCAAACUGCUUCUUAAACUCUUACUUAGUUUUUUAAGAGUUUGGGAAUUUGGUGUGAGAGGCUGUUUUCCCUUAAUUCAAGGGAUGGCCCUCCAUAAGUUGUUGGGCUCCAAAUCUUAUCAGCACCCAGCCACUAUUGUCAGUGAUCAAGGCUUGCAUGAGCAUCAUUUGGAGGGCUAAAAGUUCUCCAUCCCUGUCUUACACAGCCCUCUCACCCAAUCCUCAAAGUGCUUUUCCAAAUCCAAGUGUCGAUUUGUUUUCUGUGGCAUCCACUAGCUCUGGCUGUAACUCAUGUUUUCGUGGUUGCAGUUUUAAAACGCUUACUUAGAAUUACCUUUGUCGUAAUACCUAAGCAAUACAAUCAGCUGCCUGUCACUUCUCUCACAUGCAUGCAGAACCCUCUGCAAGCUUCUCAUUUUCUCGAGACAUUGUAAUCCAGAGUAAAGUUCACUGUGACUACCUCACAUCUGAACGUAAACUGCAUUCAAAUCCUCAAUUCAGUGUAUUGUCAUUGUGUGUGACGUGACUCUUGACAAUUAAUGGUGAAGAUGGACUCCGUACUGAAGAUGGAAAAUAGCAAUCAGCGUCUCUUCUACAAUGUCCUCUGCACUUGAGAUCUGCUUUUUUCAAUGUUUCCCCACCCCCCUUGCUCAAUAGCCAAUUUAUUGAAACAUGCUUUGUUUGGAGGGACUUGAAAUAGAAGGGUUGUAUUCAUGGCUUCUGUUACCUUUUUGAGUAUCCACGAAAAAAUAGCUUGGGUGUUAGGAUGCCUUUACUGUGUCACCCUGUAAUAAAAUAGAUUAAAUAAAUGAGUGCCUUGA